AUGGCGGGGGUUCAUGGUGCGGGUGGCGAUGCUACUGGCUUACGAACCUUUGAGGAUGCCAAGUCGACGCUCUAUGGCACCAUCUCAGCGGCGGGUGCAGCGCUGGAAAAAGCGUCCAAACGAAGAGAGUCAACUGUGACGAGCGUCGCAGCAUAUCUCGACAGAAUCCAGCUGGACCUGUCCGGUCUGUCGGUGAUCCAUGUCACGGGCACCAAGGGCAAGGGAAGCACCUGCGCGAUGGUCGAGUCCAUCCUGCGUCACCAUGGCUUCAGGACAGGCUUGUACACCUCGCCACACCUGCUCGAAGUCACGGAGCGGGUGAGAUGCGAUGGUAAACCCCUCACCAAGGAGGCAUUCGCGAGGUAUUUCUUUCAGGUGUGGGACCGACUGCAGGACACGGCCGCUCCCACCAACACCGACGACGCAACGGCCGCCGCCACCGCCGCCGCCACCGGCACCACCGGUAUUACCGCCGCUGCUUCCGAAGGGCCAAGCCAGGCGGAGCAAGGGCCGGCCGCCCCCGAGGAGGAGGGGACGACCGCGCCGGAGAUGCCGACGUACUUCCAUCUGUUGACCCUGGUGGGGCUCUGGUGCUUCGUGCAGGAGGGGGUGGACGUUUGCGUGCUGGAGGUGGGCAUGGGCGGGAGGUUUGACGCCACCAACGUCGUGCCCUCGCCGGUGGCCUGCGGGGUGGCUAUGCUCGACCUGGACCACACACAGGUCCUCGGCGAUACGCUGGACAAAAUCGCCUGGGAAAAGGGUGGCAUUUUCAAGGAGGGCUGCCGCGCCAUGGCGGUGGAGCAACCCAGGGGUGGCAUGUCGGUGCUUUGCGAGGCAAGCCAACAAUGCGCGGCAGCAGCCGGCUGCGGCGAGCUUGAGGUGGUCAAGCCGCUCCCCACUCGCGACCCGUGCGGCCGCGCCUACGAGAUCGGCCUGGCCGGUGACCACCAGCGGGUCAACGCCGCUCUAGCCCUGCGCCUGUGCGCCGUCUGGAUCGAGGCUCAUCGCCAACAGCAGCAGCAGCAACAUGCGGGAGAUCAGGCUCCGCCUGCGGAGAAAAUUCACGACACCGAGACGUUCUGGGCAUCGGCAGACGUGCACCGAGGACUUUCGUGCUGCGUUUGGCCGGGACGCUGUCAGGUGUUCCGACCCCCCGCCUUCCCGUCGGUGACGAUCUACCUGGACGGGGCGCACACGGAACAGAGCAUGCGCGCCUGCCUGGGGUGGUUCGUCGAAAAGACGGCGACGGCGGCCGCAUCAAGAGCGAAGGCCGAUGAGGUCGCUUCGAGCCGGGCGGCCGUGGCGGUAGCGGUGACGCCGCUCGACAUCCCACGGUCAUCGCCACCCCCACCACCACCACAACUUGAGCGCAGACGGCAGAAUAGACGAUGCCGGCGCGUGCUCUGGUUUAAUGCUUCUCACGAGCGCGACGUCGUGCCUCUCUUGGACAUGCUGGCGUCGGCACGACGACGAGAAUCAUGCGAUGGGUCAAGCGGCAACGCCACCAACACCACCAACAAAGACGAUGACGACGAUGCUGACGGCGACACGCCGUUGUUUGACGAGGCGUGGUUCAUGGAGGUAAUCCCAGGGCGGCCGUCGCGGUUCAAGCUCCCCACAGCGCAAGAAAUCCUAGCUCCUCACGGCAUAUCCCCCGCUGUUGCAGCUGCCGCUGCAACCUCCGCCGGGAUGGCAGGGGCGUCCAGUGUUAGCUCUGGACCCUGUUCCGAUGACCCGAGCGGAGAGGAGCCGGCGGGGGGCGCGGCGCCGGGGUGCGGCGAAGAGAAGGCGGACGGUGCGGGGGCUGGGAGCGGGGCUGGGGCUUGGCAGCGGACCCUGGAACAGGUGUGGACCUCGCUCCAGACACGCAGAGGGGGCACGCUAAGCGCAACCCUAACCGGCACGGCGCCGUUUUUCUUUGAAAAGCUUUCUUUGAUCUGCGCUAACAGCCAACACGAUGGGGGCUCAGAGGCAGCUAGCGUUGUUGGGGAUCCCGGCGUCGCAAGCAGAACAGCAGUGUCGGCGGUUGAUGCAGACCACCACGGUAGCGGGGGGCGAGGAGACGCGAGCGUGGCGGCAACUGGUUGUGGUGAUAGAGGUGGACGCGUUGACAGUGAGAUAGUGGAGGUGCUAUGCACAGGGUCGUUGUAUGCCGUCGCUGCAGCGCUGGAAGCGUUCGGAGCAGAAGUCGAAUAA